AUGGCAGUGCCGCUUAAGCUUCUCUCUCUCCCCUCGGAGAUACUUGUUCUCAUCUUCGACUUCAUACCGCAUCCCUGCUUCUCCGAGACCAACCCAUCCAUCCUCUACGUCUCCAAAGCCUGGUACACCUACGCCCACGCAGCCUGGCUGCAACACCUCCGCCUCACGUCCAACAGCCUCCCCCGCUUCCCGCCCGACGAUGUAGCCAUUUCCGACUUCAUCCAGGACCACACCACAUCAUUGAAGCUCAAGCUCUACGGUGUGAUCGACUACACCACACCGAUCAAGGCGCGACUAGAAGAAUUUGCCUCGGCAGUGGGGAGGAUGAGGAAGCUGAGGAACUUUGCGUUCAUGGCAUGUUACUGCUCUGCGCCGUGGGAGCACUUGCCCGGCGCUGGUAGAAUCGAGGAUGAAGACCGCGAAGACCAGUUUCCGUUGAACUAUCUAUGGGUCGAGUCGAUCUAUACGUUGAUGUUGGACCUGCCCAAGACUGUGACGACAUUGAAGUUGGAUACGAUAGGAUCGGCUCUAAUGACUGGGCAUGAGGGCCAAAGAAUUGGUAUCAAGCCGAAGCGGGGGCAGCAUAUUUGCGGGAUGUUCAGGCACAUGACAGCUCUUAGAUUCUUGAAAGUUAGGAUGGACUUGGUGUGUGGAGACGUCUUUGAAGGGCCGCAUCUGAGGAGGAUAAUCGUCAAUUUGAGGAGAAAAGACAAAGAUGGCAACAAGAUGUUGAGGAUGUGCAGAGAAUGUGAGGAGGCGGAGGAGCUGGCCCUGGAAUCUGAGGAAGUGUUCUAUGAACGUCUAUAUAAUGCGGGGAAAGAAGCAGUGCUAGCCGUGGAAGCGGGGACCAAGGAAUGUUUCAUCUUGGGGGAGCGGAUUGAAGGAGAUCUAUAUGAGAUAAACUGUGGAACGGCGCUUAUGAAGAUCUACGCUAAUAAACCUGGGAGGGCAUGGUGCAUAAAAAGCGGCAAGUAUAAGAGGGCAUCGUGGAGAGAUUUGAACCCCUAA